AUCAUGCAAGUGCCAGGUGUCUAACCAUAUCGCUUUUUGCUAUCAUCAUCUUCUUCUUCUUAUGUUGUUAUGUUAGGGUUCUUCGGACUUUCAAUUUCCUUUCAAAAUCCGUUCUUUCCUUCCAUUUUUCUCAUUCAUUAUUAUUCUCUUCAACCAUUUUCCAUUCCAUCUCAAUUCACUCUUCUUGGACACGGUCUCACCCGCGUCCUAUUUAUUGAGUGGAUUGGACAAUAAUAAUAAAGUUUAAAGGCUUAAAAUGGCCUUUGUAACCCAUCAACCACAGGGUUUGUAUGUCGCGUCAUCCACAAGGCAUUUGUCAUGGAGCAAAAGGCUGAAGUUGAAGCAGUGUUUGACAAAACACCACAUGAUUGGAAGAACAGACUGGCAUCACCUAUUAAAGCAGAAUAUUUGUUUAAGUGUAGGACCUCCAUGCUUUUGUGUAUCCAAGAUAAAACCUUUGAGGAUUUCAGGCUUCAAAGGAAGAACUCAAAAUGAUGAUUCAGGAACCAGGGCAAAUUGGUUGAAGGCACCUAAAACCUCUGUUGGACUAGAGGAGAGUGGGGAGACCCACAAUGUGCCACUCUCUUAUGCAUCUGAAGCAGGUGAUAGCUUUGCAACAUCGUCUGCUUUUCAUGGACUUUUCAAAACAUGGCUGAGAAUGUUGCGCACACAACCACCGUGUCAAGAAGUUGAGGGAAUUUUUGGAAGACCGAGUAACACAGUUUUACCUGAAACUUUACAAAGGACUUAUAGUAAAGAAAGAGGUGAGGUUUUGAAGGUGGCAUGGUCCCAUUUUCUGGCACUGGAUGCGACAAUAAAGAUUCCUUUGUUGAUAUUUGUUCCUCUCUACCUGGCAGUUAAUGUAAAAUUUGGUGCUGAAGUUUCGAAGGAAUUAACUCCUUUAUGGAUUUUUGGGCCACUAAUUGUGGCUAUACACAUUAUGAUAAUCCGUGGUCUGUGUGCACUCUAUGCCUUAAGCUUCAACCGCACUGUCAAAAUACUUAGCAAAUUACCUUCUUUCUGCAUUUUGGUCAACAACUACAUUUUUGGCGGCGUGCUCAAAGAACAUAUUGGAGUUUAUCUUUUGCGACCUAUAUUGAGCUUAAAAGAUAUUGAUUAUAUACAGCUAACAAGAAGAAUUUUGAAAGUAUUGCAAGAAUGGUUAGUGGACAAGUAUCUUGAUUAUGUGGAAUCAAUAUGGCCACAUUAUUGUCGAACAGUCAGAUUUUUGAAGACGUCUAAUCUUAUUUAAGUUUGAAUGUAUUCUUAAAGGUAGUCUUCAGAAAAGUUAAAGGGAGUUUGAUUGGAGGUGAUAUUCUUUAGCAUAGAAAUUUUCCAAAGAGAUCAGGCAAAUCCCAUUUUAUGCUGCUGGGGUUUUGAGCAAGUUAAUGAUAAUGAGGAAAUAAGUUCCUAAUUCAUGUUAUCUUGAAUUUAUUUUAUUCUUAGAUUAGGUUGUAAUUGAUUUUGUCAUUGAAUAGCUGCUUAUGUUUCAAGGUUCUAUAUGAGAUUAGUUCCAUUCUGCAAUUGGCCAUUCACUCAUUUGUCAUGAACAAACUCUCUGUUUGGGUGGCAAGGCCAGGCUUAACGUACAUACAUUGUUUACCAUUACAACAGCUCAAAGAUGAUUUCUAUGUGAAUUCUUUGUAUGUUAAGGGGCUAAUUUGUCCUAUUCGUUGUUAAUUGUAACAUUUGUCAGCCAGAA